AUGAUUUCCUUCAAGGAAAAAGACAAGGCCUAUCCCUACUCACUCGACAUCGAUGCCGACGAUGAGGAGGAGGGGGAGCCGCAUGAGGUUGAUGUUGGCGGGAUCAAAGCACAGUUCUUCUUCGACCAACCGGAAGAAGAACUGAUUCCGUCUCGUUUUCUUGAGAUGGCUCAGGAUUCGGAAAUUUGUCACCGCCUGCCCUGGCCCUUCAGUGGAGAUGUCAGUAACCCCAAGGCGAUGAACAUCUGUCAGUGGCCUAUUAUGAAUGUUCGCUACCGUGAAGUGUUUCGAUGGCUGCAACACGUGCCGUCAGUCAGCCUGGGUCUAUGGGAAGGGGGCGUUGAACAAUGUUUUUCUGAGAUGGCUGAAGGAGACUGUGAAGCACAGGCUAGUGUGCUCUUCAACCUUCUGCAAGAUAUCCGGGAGAUGAUGUGCCUCACGGCAAAGAAUGGGGAGAUACCCCCCUUGACAUUGAGACCUCGUCUCACCCAAUGUAGCCUCUCCUAUCUGACAGGGUAUCGCGAGAAGCACCGAGAUGGGCCGGAGACAGACGGUAUGCUCGCUCUAGAAUCGGGCCCUGGCAGUCGGUCUCCAGUCCCAAUCCUUCCGUUCUGUGUCACAAAGUACGAAGAGCCCAUGGAAACCGCCCUCUCGGACAGAUUCAAGGUCAUUCUUGGCCAACUGUUACGACACACGAAGCCUCUCCCAGUUCCAGGUGACAAGAUCCCGGACCAAGAGAUGUUUCUACUUGGCCUUCAUGGCUCAAGGCUUCAUCUCAUGCGUGCCUAUUUCCCUGGUUAUAAAUUAUCCAGCAUUUGGUGCGGGCGUGAACUGCCGAACCCAGCAGAUAAAAAAUCCCCAACGAAGAUUUUAACCGAGCCAUCUCCUCGGCAGUCAUCUUCUUCAUCAACCGCUGCACCCACCCUCCACCAUGAGAGCAAGAAGCCGCAGCCUGAGAAAUCUCGUAGCCCCAAAGCUCGCCCUUCCUCAAGCAGUAGCACGCGGUUCUACACGGCAGAAAACAUCAAGCGUGUGUUACAACGCUACGAGGCGAGCAAACGGAAGCUUGAGAGCGAGGCUGACAUUCGCUCUUUUCGGGUUGUUUCCACACGGGAGUAUGAUCUCUGGAAGAAGGAUGACUUCAUGGCUGCUCUCAAAGUGCUUCUUGCACUGCACCACUAUCUACAGAGUGGUUCUGCGCGCUGUGGUGCCAUUAUGAGAGCCUUUAAAGAGCCCCUUGAGUUUGGAAUGAACCCAGAAUUACAUGAUGCUGAUGAGGAGGAGGAAGAGAUUGAGACUGUUCCUAAGAGUCAGAAACCUGCAAGUGCUGUCAGUCCAAAGGCCAAGCCCCUGCCGGUUGAGCGGUCUGCGCCUGAGACUUUUCCCAGCGAGCUUUCGAGGCAGCUCAAGAUGCUGCGACAUAAGGCAGGAAAGGGUGGCAUUCGAUCCAAGAGGAGCCCAGACUCACAAGAGACCGCUCAGCAAUCUUCUCGGUCUUGGUUCAGUAGAUCACAAGGCAUUGGAAAAAAGCUGAACAAGAGCUCACCAAGAGACAAGCCAGCCUGA